UGCUUGUCACUCGCUAGGAGCACGUUGGUCGCUCGGGAUUUCUACUUCUUAGCCUUCAUUCUCUUUCUUUGCUUCUUAACUCUGUGCGACGCGUCGUUCUAGUCGACAUUAUCUGAGAGCUGAUAUCUCGCCUGACGCUGGAAGUGUAUUAUCUGGCAUCUUAAUAUCCUCAGUACCGUCUCCGAGGCAGUUACAGCCUGUUCCACCCUCGCUCACAAUGGUCUCGUUCCGAUCAACAUUGCUGGCUCUUGCCAGUGUUAUUGCUGUAACGGCCGAUUAUGUUAUCAAUCCCGAUUCAGUGCCUCUGUCUACGAGGAUCUCUUGGUGCAACGAUCAGAAGAGUAGCUGCCCCAAAAUCUGCCUCCAGACCACGACUGGGCAGCCGAUCGUCAAUGACUGCGACCCGGAGCACCUGACCUACGGCUGCGUCUGCAGUGACAAUAAGCAGCCCAACAUCAGCGAGUAUACGCUGACCAUCCCUUACCACACGUGCAUAGAGUGGGGAAACCAGUGCGUAACCGGUUGUGGUACGGACAACCUGUGCGCGGCGGACUGCCGUGAGGAUCACCCUUGCGGUGCCCAGAAUCCGACCCGUGUCAACACGACAAGCACCUCAGCCGCAUCUUCGACAGCGGCGCCGACUUCCUCGAGCAGCAACUCAGUUUUCGAUGGCUUUGCGGGAGAUUCUGGAAGUUCGUCGUCGGGCAACAACGCAGGUCAAAACGCUGCUGGAGCGUUACGAUUCGGGAGCUCGUAUGGUCUUGCGGUUGUUGCCGCUGGCAUGUUUGCCGGGUUCGCUCUCUUGAUAUAAUUUACCUCCAAACAACCAGGAUCGACGACGUUCGGUUAAUUGAACCGAUUUGAGGAGGACACCGGUUUGGUCGGACGCUCGCAUGCAAAGCGAGCUUGUUUUCGUUACCGUCGGCUGUUUGGCCUCUGCAUUGUGAAACCGAGUUGGGAUGGCAUUGUCUUGUUGGCAGCCAACGGCAAUCGGGGAGCAGCGUUAAUUACGGGUAUAUUUUAAUGUCUAAGUGUUCGACUCGGUAUUUCUGAUUGCUGCCACCAGCGGAAUGGGAGUUUGGGAUUGCACUGACUGGUCGCAUGGAAUGGGAUCUUGUACCCUCAGCGUGCUGCCCAACCCGGGCAGGCAAGUUAGUCAAUUGACAAGAGGCAAGGAUGUGGAAGCUGUUGCUCUCAUCAAUUACCUGCCAGGCUCUUUCAUCCGAUUUCCUGACCGCUUCCGUCUUGUCACAUGCGGUUCCUGUUCUUG